GUGACAAACAACUGAAAAUGUCAUCCUAUUUGGCUGAGGAGGUUCACCUUGCUAGAAGACAUGAAGAGAUACUGUCUCAGAGAUCAGAGCUUCUACAGCAGAUGGAGACUUAUCUAAGAGACAAAAAGACUAAAACGACAUGGCAAACUGAAGCAGCUGAUGCAGCUCGUAAAAGGAAUGCAGCACUUUUAAAUGAUAUAGAAGCAGCAGAAAAAAAGCUGCAAGAAAGAAUGCAUUUACUUCCACAUCCCGAUACUGUUAAGUUAGAAACUUUCUAUUGGGCAUCAGUAAAAGAAUCUCUUCCCAAGUGGGAACAGUUUCUUUUAGGAAGAGCAGAAGUUCCUAUUGGUUUUAAGAAAACGAAAACUACAAAACAGAACAUAAGCUACGCAGAAGAUUCACAAAAAUAAACACUCUAGUUUCAUUUUCUUUUGUAAUUUGUGGCUUUAUUGACAAGAUCAACUAGAUCAGGCAACAGAAUAUCAUGCCAUUAAAUUGCAGUGUCAAUAAUUUAAAUGAAAAUGGACUAUAUUGGAUAAUUUGCUUCCAUUGUUGCAUUGUGUACAAUUCUUUAUUUUUGUUCUGUAUUAGAGAAGCAAUCCUCAAAGGGCCUUUUAGGAUCAAAAGUGAGAAACACUGGUGUGUAGAAACCCACCAAGGCAAUUGCUUUUUUGGUAUGAGAAGACUUUUAGGUUAUUUUUAGUCCUCUGCUUCUACAUAUAAGCGCAAUAGGUAAAGACAGACUCAGGCAU